CACAAGACGCACGCACAAGAGGACACAUUGAAACUUGAGCACUUUAGGACAGACUUGAGUAUUGGAGCAGUGAUGUCUGUGUCUCUGUGGUGCGAGGAGGACUCGGGUCGGGACAGGACGCACCAGGCUUCAGUGCGAGCCCCCUGGGACCCCAGCGCUUCGGGACAGAGGGUCAUUCAGAGGCUCUUGCAGUCAGAGGAGAGGUACCUGCCGUCCCCGCUCUACAUCUCACUGGUCCAGAGAGAGCCGCAGCGCAGAGAGGAGCUGGCCAAGUGGACAAUGGAGGUGUGCUGUGAAUGUGACUGUGACGAGUCUGUGUUUCCUCUGGCUGUCUCUCUGCUGGACCGCUACCUGUCAGCCACUCUAUCUCUGCCCGUCUCUCCAUCAUGUCUUGCUGCUGCCUGUAUCCUGCUGGCCUCUAAAGUGACAGAGAGCGACACAGUCAGUGCUGUUACUCUCUGUGCAGCAGCCGAGUACGACUUUCUGUCAGCAAAUCUGAGGGAAAUGGAGCGUGUGGUUCUGGCGACUCUGCGCUGGGAUGUAUUGGCGGUGACCCCGCAGGACUUCAUCCCACUCUUCCUGCAGACUCUCGGCGAGCUCCGGGACGGGGACGGGCACACUGGGGACUUUUUGACGACUCUGCGACGCCACGGGGACACUCUGGUCGCCAUGUGCGUGUGCGACUCGCGCUUUCUGGGGACUCCGCCGUCACUGGUGGCCGCGGCCGCACUCAACUCCGCCUUGCGGGGAUUAAGAGCCCGGAGCGCGGGAGAGAUGAGCCUCAUGACCGCUGCACUCGCCACACUCUGCCAAACCGAUUUGGCGCUGCUGCAGUGCUGCACUGAGCUGAUAGACGGCGCUCUCAGAGAGAGACUGAGAACUGGAGCACAGGAGCAGAAAGAUGGAGACAUUGAAGAAGAAGAAAGAGCCAGCACUCCCAUAGACCUGAGAGAAAUAGACUUUUAAAACAGGGUUCAUUCAUCACUCAUAUAUUUAUUGCCUUUUAUUAAUCAGUGAAACUGAUUUAAGCAUAUUUGUUUCGUAACUUCUGAAGUGAUCUAAUUUAUAACACAUUUUAUUUAUUUGUUUGUGGGUUACUAUUUACUUGUGCCAUAUUUAUUGCUUUUGUUGCCAUAACUGUUAU